AUGUCGGAAAGGAAAGUUUUAAACAAAUACUACCCACCUGACUUCGACCCGUCAAAGAUCCCGAAACUCAAGCUACCCAAGGACCGGCAGUACGUGGUUCGCCUGAUGGCCCCCUUCAACAUGAGGUGUAAGACAUGCGGAGAAUACAUCUACAAGGGGAAGAAGUUCAAUGCUCGCAAGGAGACCGUCCAGAACGAGGCCUACCUGGGCCUGCCUAUCUUCCGCUUCUAUAUUAAGUGCACGCGCUUUGCCGAGAUCACCUUCAAGACAGAUCCUGAGAACACGGACUACACCAUGGAGCAUGGAGCCACACGCAACUUCCAGGCCGAGAAGCUCCUGGAGGAGGAGGAAAAGCGUGCGCAGAAGGAGCGCGAGGAUGAGGAGCUGAACAACCCCAUGAAGGUCCUAGAGAACCGCACCAAAGACUCGAAACUGGAGAUGGAGGUGCUGGAAAACCUGCAGGAGCUGAAGGACCUGAACCAGCGGCAGGCACACGUGGACUUUGAGGCCAUGCUGCUCCAGCACCGCCUGUCGCAGGAACAGCGGCGACAGCAGCAGGAGGAGGAAGACGAGCGUGAGACUGCGGCCUUGCUGGAGGAGGCUCGUCGCCGCAGGCUUCUGGAGGAUUCCGACUCAGAAGAUGAAGCUCCGCCUUCCCGACCACGCUCAGCAACAAAACCCAACCCCACAGCCAUCCUGGACAAGGCACCGAAGGCCAAGAGGAAGGCAGUGGGCAGCAGGGCACAGCUGGCCGGAUUGGUGGUGCCAAAGAAGAUAAAGGCGGAAGCCAACGGGGUCUCAGAGCAGCUCCAGAUGCCUGCCGUGGGUGCCCCCAAGAGCAGGAAGACAGCCAACCUUGCACCCCAGACACCCGGGGCCUCCUCCCUGAGCCAGCUGGGUGCAUAUGGGGACAGUGAGGACAGUGACAGCUGA